CCCGCGCGCAGCUCGCGCCCUCCCCUUUGUGUCGCCAUGGCGGCGGCAUCGGCGACGAGGACGACGAGCGGGGGGUCCAGCGCGGCCGGCGCCUGAGGAGGCUACACGACCAUGGUGGCUCGCAGCACUGACAGCCUGGAUGGCCCAGGGGAAGGCUCAGUGCAGCCCCUGCCCCCGGCUGGGGGGCCCAGUGUGAAGGGCAAGGCUGGGAAGAGGCUCUCGGCUCCUCGAGGUCCCUUUCCCCGGCUGGCUGACUGUGCCCAUUUCCACUACGAGAACGUUGACUUCGGCCACAUUCAGCUCCUGCUGUCUCCAGAGCGUGAAGGUCCCAGCUUCUCUGGAGAGAAUGAACUGGUGUUUGGGGUGCAGGUGACCUGUCAGGGCCGUUCCUGGCCAGUUCUCCGCAGUUAUGAUGACUUCCGUUCCCUGGAUGCCCACCUCCACCGGUGCAUAUUUGACCGGAGGUUUUCCUGCCUCCCAGAGCUUCCCCCACCCCCAGAGGGUGCCAGGGCUGCCCAGAUGCUGGUGCCGCUGCUGCUGCAGUACCUGGAGACCCUGUCAGGGCUGGUGGAUAGUAACCUCAACUGCGGGCCCGUGCUCACCUGGAUGGAGCUGGACAACCACGGCCGGCGACUGCUCCUCAGUGAGGAGGCCUCGCUCAAUAUCCCCGCGGUGGCCGCCGCCCACGUGGUGAAGCGGUACACAGCCCAGGCACCCGACGAGCUGUCCUUUGAGGUGGGAGACAUUGUCUCAGUGAUCGACAUGCCGCCCACGGAGGAUCGGAGCUGGUGGCGGGGCAAGCGGGGCUUCCAGGUCGGAUUCUUCCCCAGCGAGUGUGUGGAGCUGUUCACAGAGCGGCCGGGUCCAGGACUAAAGGGGGAUGCCGACGGUCCCCCGGGUGGUGUCCCAGCUCCCCAGGGUAUCUCCUCUCUGACCUCAGCUGUGCCCCGGCCGCGUGGGAAGCUGGCCGGCCUCCUCCGCACCUUCAUGCACUCCCGCCCUUCCCGGCAGCGGCUGCGGCAGCGGGGCAUCUUGCGGCAGAGGGUGUUCGGCUGUGACCUUGGAGAGCACCUCAGCAACUCGGGCCAGGAUGUGCCCCAGGUGCUUCGCUGCUGCUCUGAGUUUAUCGAGGCCCAUGGGGUGGUAGAUGGAAUCUAUCGGCUCUCGGGUGUGUCAUCCAACAUCCAGAGGCUACGGCAUGAGUUUGACAGUGAGAGGAUCCCUGAACUGUCUGGCCCCGCCUUCCUGCAGGACAUCCACAGCGUGUCCUCCCUCUGCAAGCUCUACUUCCGAGAGCUGCCGAACCCCUUGCUCACAUACCAGCUCUACGGGAAGUUCAGCGAAGCCAUGUCAGUGCCUGGGGAGGAGGAACGCCUGGUGCGGGUCCACGACGUCAUCCAGCAGCUGCCCCCGCCGCACUACAGGACCCUGGAGUACCUGCUGAGGCACUUGGCCCGCAUGGCGAGACACAGUGCCAACACCAGCAUGCAUGCCCGCAACCUGGCCAUCGUUUGGGCACCCAACCUGCUACGGUCCAUGGAGCUGGAGUCAGUGGGGCUGGGGGGGGCAGCAGCCUUCCGGGAGGUGCGGGUGCAGUCGGUGGUGGUGGAAUUCCUGCUCACCCACGUGGACGUCCUGUUCAGCGACACUUUCACCUCUGCUGGCCUUGACCCUGCAGGCCGCUGCCUCCUCCCCAGGCCCAAGUCCCUUGCGGGCAGCGGCCCCUCCACUCGCCUGCUGACGCUGGAGGAAGCCCAGGCUCGCACCCAGGGCCGGCUGGGGACGCCCGCCGAGCCCACAACUUCCAAGGCCCCAGCUUCACCUGUGGAAAGGAGGAAAGGGGAGAGAGGCGAGAAACAGCGGAAGCCUGGGGGUAGCAGCUGGAAGACCUUCUUUGCCCUGGGCUGGGGCCCCAGCAUCCCCCGAAAGAAGCCUCUUCCCUGGCUAGGGGGCACCCGUGCCCGACCGCCGCCUUCAGGCAGCCGACCUGACACUGUCACACUGAGGUCUACCAAGAGUGAGGAGUCUCUGUCAUCGCAGGCCAGCGGGGCUGGCCUCCAGAGGCUGCACAGGCUACGGCGACCCCACUCCAGCAGUGAUGCUUUUCCUGUGGGCCCAGCACCUGCUGGCUCCUGCGAGAGCCUGUCAUCGUCCGAGCCCUCCGAGUCCUCCGAGUCCUCCUCCUCCGAGUCCUCCUCCUCCGAGUCCUCAGCAGCUGGGCUGGGGGCACUCUCCGGUUCCCCCUCACACCGAGCCUCAGCCUGGCUAGAUGAUGGUGACGAGCUGGACUUCAGCCCACCCCGCUGCCUGGAGGGGCUCCGGGGGCUUGACUUUGAUCCCCUUACCUUUCGAUGCAGCAGCCCCACCCCAGGGGACCCUGCACCUCCCGCCAGCCCGGCCCCCCCGGCCCCCGCCUCUGCCUUUCCACCCAGGGUGACCCCCCAGGCCCUCUCGCCCCGUGGGCCCACCGGCCCUGCCUCACCCAUUGCCCUGGACAUCUCAGAGCCCCUGGCUGUAUCGGUGCCACCCGCUGUCCUGGAGCUGCUGGGGGCUGGGGGAACACCUGCCUCGGCCACCCCAGCGCCAGCCCUCAGCCCCAGCCCAGGCCUGCGCCCCCAUCUCAUCCCCCUGCUGCUGCGUGGAGCUGAGGCCCAGCUGAGCGACACCUGCCAACAGGAGAUAUGCAGCAAGCUGGCACUGCCUGGUCCCCGGGGAGCCCAAGGCCAGCAUGGUGCUGGUAUGGAUUCACCGCUGCUGCCCCCGCCCCUGUCCCUCCUUCGCCCUGGGGGGGCCCCGCCCCCGCCUCCUAAAAACCCAGCACGCCUCAUGGCCCUGGCCCUGGCUGAGCGGGCUCAGCAGGUGGCUCAGAGACAGAGUCAAAAGGAGCAGGGGAGCACCCCGUCUGCUCCCCACUCCCCUUUCCAUGGCUCACUGUCCCUGGAGGUGGGCAGUGAGCCCCCAGGGACCUCAGGGAGUGGGCCACCCCCCCACUCCCUAGCCCACUCGGGUGCCUGGGCUCCGGGACCCCCACCCUCCCUACCGAGACAACAAAUCGAUGGGAGCCUGGUGAGGAGCCAGCGGCCCACGGGGACCUCAAGGAGGGGACCGAGAGGCCCUUCCCAGGUUCCUACCCCUGGCUUCUUCUCCUCAGCCCCCCGGGAGUGCCUACCAUCCUUCCUCGGGGUCCCCAGACCAGGCUUGUACGCCCUCGGCUCCCCAUCCUUCCAGCCCAGCUCCCCGGCCCCAGUCUGGAGGAGCCCCCUGGGUCCCCCUGCACCACUGGACAGAGGAGAGAACCUGUACUAUGAGAUCGAGGCAGGCGAGGGGUCCCCUUACUCUGGUCCCACCCGGUCCUGGAGUCCCUUGCGUUCCAUGCCCCCAGAUAGGCUCAAUGCCUCGUAUGGCAUGCUUGGCCAAUCACCACCACUCCAUAGGUCCCCCGACUUCCUGCUCAGUUACCCACCACCCCCCUCCUGCUUUCCCCACGACCACCUUGGCUACUCAGCCCCCCAGCACCCUGCCCGGCGCCCCACCCGACCUGAGCCCCUCUAUGUCAACCUAGCCCUAGGGCCCAGGGGUCCCUCACCCGCCUCUUCCAGCUCCUCCUCCCCUCCGGCCCACCCCAGAAGCCGCUCUGAUCCUGGUCCCCCAGCCCCCCGCCUCCCCCAGAAACAGCGGGCCCCUUGGGGCCACCACACCCCUCACAGGGUGCCUGGGUCCUGGGGCCCUCCAGACCCUCUCCCCUACAGGGCAGCCCCACCAGCCUAUGGGAGGGGGGGCGAGCACCACCGAGGGUCCUUGUACAGGAAUGGGGGACAAGGAAGGGAGGGGGCUGGUCCCCCACCCCCCUACCCCACUCCCAGCUGGUCCUUCCACUCUGAGGGCCAGACCCGAAGCUACUGCUGAGCCAGAGCUGGGAGAGACCUUCCUCCUUCCUCUUCUCCCUCACUGAUCUUGGUCCAACCUAAUCCCUUGUUUUGUAUUUUCUUGAGCUCCUGACCCCUACCCCAGGUUUCUAACUUUGUAACUUGCCUCUGAUGUGGGUCCCUAACCUGUUAUCAUAACUUACCUACCCUGGGCUGAAGGGCAUGCCCAUCCCCCCACCGUCCUCCAUCCUGGGGGCUCUUGCACAAAUCUGAGAGGGUUAGGCUGACUCCCUGUCCUCCCUUUCUCUCCAGGAGUUCCCAGCAUGUCCUGUCCUGUGCACAGGGGGUGGGGGGACAGCUCCUGCCAUCUCCCCCCACAUACCCCACUAAACCAUCUGACAAAAUUAAUGAAUAAAAAUGGUGAAAAUGUGGC